UUGAUUUGCAGAAUAGGGUUGCAGGCAUGCGAUUAUAUAACGCUGGUCAAAUGUUUCAUAAAUAUCCUGGAUGAAUGGGCAUGGACAUUGUAUGAAUUAAAGGAUAAUGUUGUUACAAUCAAUGAAAAUCAGUGUGAACAUCUCAGGCAGCUGGAUUUGUGCAUUCAGGAUGCUGGACCAAUAAAGCAUGAAUGCGAUCAUAAUCAAAUUGUUGCUGCAUCAAAUACGGUCAGCGAUUUGCUGACGCACCGGAAAAAUUCGGGCAGCUUCUUGAAGAGUUAUUAUCUGUUAACAUAUGCAUGUUCGCAGGUCAGUUGCAAAACGACUGUUAUCCUUUAAUC